CAGAAAGACGAGAAAAGCAGAGAUUUCAGUGACAACAACCGAAAAACAUACUACAGCUAAAGCGUACUCCGGAAGAAUCAGCCAGCAUGAAGAUCGUUUUGUCUGUCGCUUUCCUCGUUGUAGCUCUUUGCUUGGUCUGUGAGGCUGUGCAAGUCCAGGAAGGUGAUUUUUCCUUUUCAUUGGAGUCGGUGAAGGUUCUCCAGCAAUUAAUCGACCAACCAAAAACACAAAACCCUCGGUUGGCCAAGACAAGCUACUAUUCUGUAUGCUCCCACCCAACUCUCCCACAGGAGUUUACGACCCUGUGCAUGACGAGAGGAUCCACGAUGGCCUUUGCUAGGCUAGCAUCUGUGCCUGUGGACGUCUGUGAAAUAUGUGCUUUUGCCGCUUGUACCGGUUGCUAACUCCUCCCAUCAUCCCCUUGCUUGAUCAUCCUGCAUAUUUCUGCAUAUUUUCAUCUCCUGCCAUAAGUUCACAUUACGAAUGUUGCUUAAACGGCAAAACUCAAAAUGGCAGCAAACUGUUCAUGAACUGUUACUUAAAUUUCCUUCCCCUCUUUGCUUUGCCACAUUUUGUUUUGUUACAGCACAUAUUUCAUUUAUUUAAGAAAGAAGUGUCUUUUUUUAUUUUUCUAUUUCUCAGUUUUGCUGGGUUUUAUACUCCUUUGUGUGUGGUAAUGCCUCAGUGUUCAUUAAAAUGCAUUGAAAAUGUG